AUGUCGAGUCUCGCGACAGAACACGACGACUACAAGGGGAACACGAAUAUGAGUAUUCAGUGGGGUCGCUGGAUUUUGAAACCGAUGGGCGUUUGGCCAAAUCCGACCAACAUUUCAACAGCUAGGAAAUAUAUUUAUCGGUUGAUCAACAUCAUUUGCUACGGUUUAAUCAGUUUCCUCUUCAUACCUUGUAGUCUGUACUUGGUUCUCGAGGUGAAAGACAUCUACAACAAGAUCAAACUAUUCGGUCCUUUGAGUUUCUGCGUGAUGGCCUUUCUGAAGUAUUAUCUGUUGGCCCUUCACGAGGAUGACAUUCGCGAGUGUAUCAAAUGCGUCGAGUGGGACUGGAAAAACAUAACAUAUUCUAAAGAUAGAGAAAUCAUGAUAACGAACGCCAUCUUUGGCAGAAAAUUAGUCGCUGUUUGCACAUUUUUCAUGUACAGUGGUUGUACCUUCUACUAUAUAGCUGUACCGAUUAGUGUCGGAAAAAUACGGGCAGACGAUAUCAACGUGACCUUUAUCCCCAUGGUGUUUCCUUUCACGAGUUUAAUUAUCGACACUCGUUACAGUCCCACGAACGAGAUCGUAUUUUUCAUUCAAUUGAUUGCUGGCAUACUGAUGCAUAACGUAACGUCAGCUACUUGCAGCGUAGCCGCUAUAUUUGCAGUACACGUUUGCGGCCAGAUGCAAGUGUUGAUGGGCUGGCUGAAACAUUUGAUAGACGGUCGAUCAGACAUGUACAACGAUGUGGAACAACGAAUCGCGAAGAUCGUGAAACAACACGUUCGUAUAUUAAAGUGUGUAAAGUAUAUUUAA